UACUUAAGUUAUUCCCAAUCCUUUUUCACCUUAGACUUCGGGGUGUUGUUUUUUCCCCUUUAAUGAAAAUAAACACGCGUCUCCUUUAAAUCCAGUUCCGUUACGUCAUGAAAUCAACGCGGAAGUUCUUACGCUGAGCGUCAUCAUCUUUAGUUUUGUUUACAUGUGGUAUGGUAUUUGGGUAAGUGUCGCAGGGAUGAGUUUGUUUUGGGGAGUAAAUGUUUUACAGCGUUCGGUGACAGCUUAGCGGCGAUGCUCUUCUUGCUCCCCCAGAACAAAUCUCAUUCAUUUUCUGCUACACGGGGGUCACGGAUGCUGCACUUUAGCUAGCUAAAGCAGUUAGCCUUGUAGCUCUGGGCGCUAAGUUUCGAUUUACUUGGUAGCCUCUCCAGCCGCGCGCUGAGGUUAUAGCGCAUCGCUCGUGUUCUCCAGCCUUAGUUGUUCCUGUCGGACUGUUUUUUUUCCUUUGUUUCUUUCUAAAACAUCAGCAAAGUUGAUGUUGGAGCCUGGUGGAGAUCCUCGGCAUGUUUUACCGCAGUAGGGCGCCGACGCCGCGGUCCGCCGGCAGUAGCGAGCCGUACCAUCCGCCGCGAGCCCCCCUGCGUCAGGACUUCCGCCAUUGGGGACCGGAAGCUGCCAACAGCUUUAAUUUCCUGAACGCGGAGAGGUUGUCUCCUUACGAAUGGAAGCCUCCGCCGUACGCCUCUCCAGCCGCCCCUCCGCCCGCGGCCAACGUACCGGGCGGGCGCAAGAGGCGCCACAACGAGUACAGCGCUCACGCUGUCAAACGCCAACGGGUUGACCCUUUGCCCCCGCCGUCAGCAGCCCCCUCUCUGAGAUGGGCGGCUCAUCCUGACCAAGCGGUGGCACAGACCUCCGGAUCAGCCCUCGCGGGGUUCGAUCACUGCUCUCCCAGUCCGGCCUGCUAUGUGAACGCGCCGGUGCUCGCCGUGCCGGACGGCUCCAGGAGCAUCCAGGACUACAUGAAGGACAAGCUGAGUAGUCAGAUGGUGGAGCUGUUUGACGCCUGCCAGCAGCAGCCUGCGGAUCUGAACCGGAAGGAGGCGUGCCGGGCACGGCUCCAACAGGACAUACAGCACAUGUUUCCAGCGGCGCGGCUUUACCUGACCGGAUCUUCUAUGAACGGACUGGGCUGCCGGAGCAGUGACGCUGACCUCUGUCUUGUGAUUAAGGGAAAUAAACGGCCCAAUCCAGUCGAUGUCCUCUAUCGGCUCCAAAGGGCUUUCAGAUCACUCCCAUAUAUUGAGAGGAUUCAGCUGAUAAGAGCUAAAGUCCCCAUCCUCAAGUUCAGAGAGAGAGGCAGUUAUCUGGAGUUUGACCUGAACAUCAACAACACGGUGGGCAUCAGGAACACCUUCCUCCUGAGAAGUUACGCUUACGCCGACGUCCGGAUCAGGCCCAUGAUCCUGGUGGUGAAGAAGUGGGCGCGGCACAGCCAGAUCAACGACGCCAGCAAAGGAACGCUGAGCAGCUACACGCUGGUGCUGAUGGUCCUUCACUAUCUCCAGACUCUUAGAAAACCUGUCCUCCCGUCUCUCCAAAGGGCUCACCCUGGGAGCUUCAGUCCCACUAUGGACAUCGACAAGGUUCCAGAGGGACCCAAAAACAUUCCUCCCUACGUCUCAGUUAACCGGUCGUCUCUGGGCGAGCUGCUGCUGGGCUUUCUCAGAUACUACGCCACAGAGUUCAGCUGGGAUAAGCAAGUGAUCUCUGUUCGCGAGGCCACAACGUUACCCAAGACCAACUCUCAAGAGUGGAGAAACAAGUUCAUAUGUGUGGAAGAGCCGUUUGAGAGGAAUAAUGUUGCCAGGGCGGUCCAUGAGAAGGCUAAGUUUGAUGCCAUUAAAGCUCAGUUUGCUGAGUCAUCCAGGAUCCUGCACGCCAGGAAGGACCUGAACGCCAUCCUCCCUCUCAGGACCAUCAUCAGUAAAGAGUUGGCAAGGAGCUGAAGCGAUGAAGGACACAGCCGUUGCGCAGAGAGCGAAGCUUCAGCGGCUCCCCCCCGCCGGACACAUGUGAGGGAGGGAGGGGAGGAGGUGGAGGACCGAAUGCUCUUCAUGCUUGGUUCUGAAUAAAAAUGCUGCACUCACCGCUGAAUGAUGCCACAUCUGUGCAAUUCCUGAUGUUUAUAGUCGCCACAACGGGGAAGAAAAGAACGGUUAUCUGUGGAGGUAAAGCAGAGGACUUGAACACAACACCCAGUCGCUGCAGACGGCGAAUCAACACAGGAUCAUCUUUAUUAGCUGCUACAUGUUCCUCUUGUGUUCUCCUGGCUGGAAAAGAUGUCUUCUCCCUGGUAGAAGGGCUUAAAUGGACCUGCUGGCAUUAAGGUUUAAACAUCUCUUGUCCUCUUUCUGCAGCGCCGUUUCUGUUUACCCGCUGUUUCUAUAACUUAGUGAUAUCAACCCUGUUUCUAUUUUUAUAAAUCGAUGUUGACAGCAUUGUUCCUUCUUUUCUACUGCUGCCUUUUCUCACCACCUCGUGACUCCUGAGUUCCUCUGUGGGGUUUGAGGUAAAACGGACGUGAUGAGCUGCUCCUCCUGGCUGUUUUCAGGGCUUUCAGUCUCGGCUGCCUACUGGAUUUGUUUGAGCAAAGAACCCUUCACAUUUUAAAGGCUUUAAUAUAUUUUUUGCUGUUUGCUUUUUUUGGCCUUGGAUUUCUAUUUUCCUGAACCCUUUUUUUCUUUUUUUUUUGUACGUUCUGUGCUUCAUGGAGUUUGUUUAUUUAAGAAAGAUUAAAUCUAAGGUUUUUUGAGUACUUUUUUUUUGUAUGAACAAAACUAAA